GUGGCCAUUUUAAACAGCAACUAAACUGGAAAUUAAUCCUAAUUCAGAAGUUCUAACUGCCAUUAAGGCAUCAGCUUAUAAACUGAACAAAAUCCAUCAACAAUAAUUUCAGUUACUAUUCAGAGAGAUGGACGGAUGGACAAAUGGCUUGACAGCUUCUCUAUGUACCUACUCAAACUGCAUUCAAUGCAAUAUUUAACUUUUUGACUAGACCACUUGCUUGGCUGGUCUCAUAAAUCUACAAAGAAUGGCCCUAAGGCAAAUAGUAGAGGUCUAACUGUUAAUUCAGACUUAUUUUUUACUAUUAAUCACAUGAUUCUAUCUGCAUAGCACAUCAGACCUUUAAGGCUACAAUUAAAUAUUCAAGUACAUAAUACAAUUAAGUCGAUUUCCAAAAUUCACUCUGUUCUAUUUUAUUUGAAAACCAUACAUGCAAUUUCAAAUCAGUUUUACAAUCCAUUAUGCUGUACUCUUUGAGAUUCUGUAAAAAAUGUCACAUUAAGACAGUGUUUAUUCUUUUUUCAAUUGCGAUUGGGUACGUGAUAUUGUCCUUCAAAAGAUAUUACAGUUUUAAUGAUGUAAAACUGAUACAUGGCAAGUCUCAAUCAAUGUUUAAGACAGCAAUAGGGGAUGUGGAAAAAUUAACAGACUUCAUUAUUUCAAAACCUAGACGAGAUGAUAUAACUGCACUAAAUAAUGGACUAAAUGGUGUAACUGUUCUAAAUGAUAAACAUGAUGGCCUCACUACGCUAAAUACUUCGCUGAAUGGUGUCACAACACUAAAUAAUAAAAAACAGGAUGGUGUGAUAACACCAAAUGAUGGACAUGAUGGUGUAAAUACACUAAACAAAUACCCAGAUCUUAUGAGUGCGUUAUAUCCUGAACUCAAUGAUGUGAAGAAACAGAAUUUAAGUAUGAAGUCCAAAAAGUUUCCAGGACUAAUCAUAAUUGGAAUACAAAAAUGUGGCACAGGUGCUCUGGAUUCCUAUCUGAAGAUACACCCGAAUAUGAGGCCCCAUAAAGGAGAGGUCCAUUUCUUUGACACGAUGAUUAACCAUAACAAACCAAUCAAUUGGGACCAUCAAUUCAAACUGUACCUCAAUGAACUUCCGAAAGC